AUGCCUGCCUGGAAACGAGGGAUCAUCCAGCGCAGGAAGGCAAAACAAGAAGGCGGAGGUGACAGGGAGCGAGACAGGGAGGGAGACGGGAUACAGUACGGGUUUACCAGCAGGAGCUUUGAUGCGUACUGUGAUGAACAGCUGAUGCUCAGACAGACAGAUAGUGAAAUUGAUACAACUUCUAAAGAAACAUUCAGUCAGGUGUCUGUAGAAACCAUCGGCCCCAUUCGACAGAACCCUUUCAUCCGGUCCCAGAACAGCUACAAGAGAGAGAACCGCAGGAGGGAGGCGGAAAGAGAGAAUCAUGGAAAAGAGAAAGAGACGAGUGGAGAAGAUUACGUGGGGGAGAAGGAAAAAGAUACACGAGGAGAGGACACCCAAAACCAGGAACGAGAGUUCUGGAGAGGCAGGGAUAGAGAGAUAAGAUUGGAAAGAACCAGGGACAGAAGUGAAGGAAGAGAGAAAGUUGGGGUUGAAGGCAUUAAGGACAGAGAGAAGGAUGUUGGAAGAGGAAGAAAAGAAGGAGAAAGAGAUGGAGUGUGCCUCUCUCUUUCCUCCGGCCUCCGAACUAUUAAAGCAGAAAACAUUAUCAUAAUCGAGAAAGAUGGAAAGACUGGCGAAAGAGAAAGGGAAGAAAGGGAAGGAGAGAGACUGGCUGAGCAGGAAGAAAAGAAAGGCAUGAGGAUGGAUCUGAGAGAGAUUUUGGCCAGUGGGGGAAAUGUGACAGAAAUCAAGGCUUCCGAGGUACUGAUCAUCAAACCAUCCAUUUCAGAAGAGAAAAAUAGAGAAGUGGAGCAGGGGAGUGAGAGAAAGAGUAGCAAGGAGAAUGUGAUUGAUAAAGGGAAGGAAGGAAGAGAUCAGGAUAGAGGGAUGAAGGUAGCCGAAGUGUGGUCUGGAAACACAAUAACUCUGCACGAAGACUUGUUUAAGCAAGAUAAGGACAGCCUCGGAAGUGGGAGGGUCAGUCAGAUCCUCAGCAAAUUCGGCCAGCAACUGAAAUCUCCCUGCAGGUCCAAAAGCAUCGACUUCAUCAGACCAGGCAAAGAAAACUCCAGAAUUAGACUAAUUUAUGGGCAGGAGGAAGAGAGGAAAGAGGAAAUGGAUUCUGGAGGAUUCAAGGGAGUACCUAAACGUUCAUUCAGUUUCUCUGAACAGGUCGUCUCUGAGGAAAGAAAAGUAGUAGAAAGGGCUCACUCUGACCGCAGACAUCCACCUCCAGUGAUGAUUGUGCAAUCUGAGAGUGUUGAUCCCAGCACCAGGAAACCUGUAAGAGUGAGAGAUGACCAUCAGUUGGUGAUGCAAAGAAAGAGGGAAAUUGAAGGCGAGGUGGAGAAAGUGGAGCCAAAAGUACAAGAGAGCAGGAUAGACAGACAGGGUGACGAAGGGAAGGAGCGAGAUGCGAAAGGUCAAGGUAACUCGGAAGCCAGUGGUGGGGAGGUCUUCAGCAUGGCUUCAGUCAGAAAGCCGGAAGGCAUUGCGUUUGCAAGGCGGAUCCCAAUUAGACAGGACAGGAAAGAGUUAAAGAGAUUACAGGAAAACCGAGUAGUGGACCGAGACAAUGUGAGUAGACCGCAAAAAGAAAGGGACAAGAACACAGAGAAGCUGCAGAGAGAUUCUGAUAAAGGAAGGCAAGUAGAGGUUCACAUCGAGGAAAAAGCUGAAUCCAUAAAGCUUAGGAGAGAUGGAGAGGAAGUAACGGUUGUGAUGGAGUCCGUGAAGUCCUCCUGUUCAUGCAUACUUGAUUCUCAUCACUGGUCCAACUCUCACACUGUCUCAGAUCAUAAGACUGAAAGUCAGCAGCAUCCAGCAGUCUCAGGAGUCAGACUGAGGAAGGAUGAUGCAACCACAGAUUACUGCAAACCACAGAACCAGCCAGAACAUGUUGUGCCGCCUCAAAACAGAGAUGAGCGCCUGAGUAAGACGGGUAUCGUGCAAGAAAUAAGGGAUCAUAAGAAUAUAGGGCCAAGUCAAGAGAGUGACGCUCCUGGGAACAAAGAUAAAACAGAGAAAAGUAUGAUUUGGCAUGAACAAGAAGAACUUCUAAGAAGCACAUCUAUCUCAAACAGUUAUCAUCCCUCUUUAAAGUCAGAUGAGGCUUUGGAACCUCCAGCUCCAAAGUCUCCUAAACACGCUCCCUGGAUGUCUGGAGUUGCCCAGCAAGAGAUUCGCAUCCCAAGAUCUGUCUUCUUUGGAGUUGAAGAGAUGGCAGAGGAACAUAAGCCAAGUCUCUCUCUGGAAGGAGAAGGACAGAUUGUUGGAGGAGAUAAAGAAAGAGGUGUAGAAAGGAGGGAAAGCUGGAAGGCUGGAAGACCCCUGACCAGAGUCGAGUCCUUAAGGGAAAGAAUUCGCCAGAGAGAGAUGGAGAGAAAGAAAAGAGGUGAAGUAGAGGGCGAGGGAGGCAGAGAGACAGACAGAAGUGAAGGCGAGGGGAUGGAGAAAGGGGGAGGAGAAAAGAGGAGAGAAGCAGAAGGAGCUCAGAGAUGUUCAGUGAUGGUGAACAGACAGGAAGCAGCCGUACCGCAGACUCUCAGCCUUUUUGACGUCACAAAGGAAGUAAGUGUGUCAAAAGCCAGCCCCCAACUUCCUGCUUCUGUUCCUCUCUUACUGUCGCAAUCGCUCUCAGCUGGACGAGAAGCUCCACAACUCUCCAACAACGGCAAGCGCUAUUUGGAGCAAGAUGAGGAAUUCAGGCAACAUCAGGACACUGACAGCUUGACGAGAGCACCAGGAGAAGAAGGAGAAACAGAGGACGAUCUGCUGGAGGAUAAGUACCUCUGCCCUUCCCAAUCUCCAUCUCCAACCCAGUCUCUUUCGCCCACUCCUUCGCCACCUCUGCCCAACUCUUUGGCAGCCAUGAGUCGAAUCUACAACCUGAAGACUGUGGGCUCCAGAACUGCGGUUUGCAUCAGCGAGAGGAACUCAGAUGUUACCUCGCACAGCAAAAAGGUCUUUCCUGAGGGGAGGUUCACCCCAAAGUCUCACUCAGUGACCCAAACCUCAGUGUCGUUAGGGACGGACAGGACUGCGAGAGACGGACAGUCAGUGCCAACCACAGAAACAUCCGCAGUUCAGUCAGUGCAGCGACAACUAGGGCAACUGCAGCUCAGAGAACAGGAAGUCAAACAAAGUUCCCCUGGCAAUGGAGACAUGCAAUAUGGUCCUCAGAAAGAGACUGGUAGAAAGACAGCUGAAGGCCAGAAAAGGCCAGAGACACAAACAGAGACACAGAAUUCUGAAUCUCCAACCAGCUCCAGAGCUUCUCCAUCUCAGCAGACAGGAUCACGGAUCCCAACUAAACUUCCCCAGCCCAAGUCCUUCACCAUUAACGGCCGGAAUGCUCAGUCCCCAGAAAACGUCCAGAAGCCACCACCAUCUUCACCAUCAUCUCCAUCAUCUAUUUCCCUCUCUCCCUCUUUGGCACCCUCUCCAACUCGUUCCUCUCCUCUCUUUUCCAUUCGGAGUGCCUCUGGUGGUCCAGGGAAGAGGGGGACCACCAUAACCAUCACUCCCAGGAGGCCAGCAGCUGGGAACUCACCAACUCCAGCAGCUUCAUCUCCAUCAGCUUCAUCUCCAUCAGCUUCAUCUCCAUCAGCUUUAUCUCCAUCAGCGACCCCAACGAUACCCGAGAUCCCAGUUCCAAUCCCAGAGACCAACAACACGGACGAGGGGCGUAAGAAGAGAUACCCCACUGUAGAGGAAAUCGAGGUGAUUGGUGGAUACCAGAACUUGGAGAACUCAUGCAUGGUCAAGAACAGAGGAUCACCAAAGGGGGCGUCGGUGCGUUUCGAGUCUCAGCUGGAGCGAGUUUGUGAGUACCCGUCGGAGGACUCGGUGCUGGCCUCGAUGCCGGCCGGCGGAGACGAGCCGGGGGGUGAGGACGGGAGGACAGCAGAUAGAAACGAUGAGGGACAGGAGGAAGAGGAGGACGAGGAAGGUGGAGCAUUCGUCUCCAGUGGUGCCAAGAGCGUGGGGACGAGUACAGGAGCAACUCGAGUUCUCAGAGUCGACGAGUCGUGUCGACGUUAAGCGCUGCUCUUGCCGAGCUGUUCUCCGGCUGAAGUGUUCAGUGAUAAACACGGCUGUACCUGAAGAUGAAGAAGAAUGUUUUAGAGUUAUUUGAAGGAACUGCUGUUUGCUUGAAAAUAAUUUAAAUCAGAAGAACUUUUCUAACAUUAGUUGUGCAGUUAAUGAUACUUGAAUGAGAUUUUAUUUUUUCGUUUUCUGGGGAUUUAUCAGUGCAGAUGUAUUCACACGCUCUGUUGCUAUUGAAACGACACAGUUGAAAGGCAGGAAAAUAGUUGAUUUAUGACUAGAUUUGAGAAUUUUCUCCUGCCAAGACAUAUUAUUUUUUGCAGCACACAUUUAAAUCAAUAGUGUAAUCAAUAUAUAUUUUUUAAAAAGCUGCUGCUGUUUAAUGAUUAUUCCAUCAAUACACAGUAAAAGCACUGGUACUACUGUGUACCAGAUUAUUAUGCAAAUUAUAUUUUUCCUGAUGAAAUUUUUCCUAAAUGAUUGUUGCAAGAGUAUGCAUCCAAUUUUAUUGUACAAACCUCCCGAUGAUAUCAUAUAUAUUCUUCAAAAACAAACAAAAAAAACCUCAAAAUGCACUGUUCUUAAUUAUUAUGCACAGCAGAGUUUAAAACAUUUUAUUGUAGGUUGUAAAGAACUAAAAAUGGUCACUUAUUGGAAUUGCAGCAUUAAGAAGGUUUUACAUUCACUAAAAUCAAAAGCUAUUUUAAUCAAAAACAUCCUAACAGGCCAAGUUACAUAUUAACAUAGGAACCCUAUUUUAGAAACUCUUAAGUUUUCGUGAAAUAUCUAAUGUAUUCAUAGUGCAAUGCUAACAUGCUAACAGCUAACAUUAGCGGCGAGUUAGCUAUUUAGCUAGUUAGCUGUUACCGGUGAGAGAACUAAGGUUAGCAGAGAGCUAUAUAACACAGUAACGUUAGCAACGAGUUAGCUACAUUGACAAAUUAUUUUCUACCAAAGAAAAUAUGACUACAUUUUUGGGUCUUAAAUCAUAUUUUUGCGGUCUAAUAAAGGUCUUAAAAAGCAUUAAAUUUGACUUUUAAAAUGGUGCAAGAACCCUGUGGUACUUUGCCUCAUAUAGACUAUGAUAUAAAAUCUAGUUAUACAACAAAUUGUCGCUUUUCGGCAUCAGAGACAUCCUUUUUCUUUCCCAUAUUGCUUGAAACCUGUGACCUGCUUAAUGAUGUGGAACAUCCUUCUUAUGUAGUUUUCCUUUAAUUGGGCUCACCUGGCAAACUAAGCUUUAUGACACUUUGCAAUCAUUUGUGACAAUUAAUUAUGACAAUUUGCAUAAUAAUUUGGAACACAGUGUAUGUGAGUGUGUAUGGCAGUUCAGACCAUGAAGAAUAAAAACACAGGAAGUGAAGUGAAGUGAAGAACAGCACCAUCAGAAACCACAGCGUUUCUGCAGCACAAAACUUGUGAGGCCUUCACACGUGAUCAGAGGUUCCUGCAGCUCUGUGGACUCAAACUGCUCUGUUUUUUUUUUUUUUUUUAUAAAUUAUGUAAUUAUGAUUUUUGGAGGGAAUUUGUGAUGCUUAGGUUGUACAGAGUGAUAUGUUGAAAUAGAAACUGUGUAAAUACAUGUUUAGAUAUAUUUUAAAUUGAAUUAUACAACCUAGACAGAGAGAUCCACACCCAUUUUAUGCUUUUAUGCAACAAUUUCAUAAGCCCUGGAAUAGAACCCUGUGGGACUCCACAAGACAAAUACAUUUUUCUAUAGUAUAUUUUCUGCAUUAGGAUAACUAAUAACUAAACAAUAAUAAUAAAGGGUUCCCAGGGCUCGAUGGGUUAAAGCACUGGAUAAUAAACAGUGUUAUUGUGUAUAUUUCAGGAUAUACAGAUACUGAUUUAUAGUUUUGAUCUGAAUAAAAGUCUAUACAAGAGUUUUAAGAAAGUGUUUAUAUACUUGGGUAAAAAUACAUUUCUGUUUGUUUUUCUUUUUUAAAUCGUGGUUGAAGAAGCUGGCUUCAAAAGAGAAAUAUAAAUAAAACGUAAUAUAAUAAA